CAUCUGCAGGUAAUUUAACUUCAAUUAUAUUUGAUUUAUUUGCUUAUUCGUGCAACUUUUAGACAAAUGUGUUAUAUGAAAACAUGUGAUAGUGCCAAUAAAACUGUUAUGCUAUUAUCAACAACCAGACCAUGAUGAAAGGGUAUCAAAUAAAAUACAGAACAAUAUUCAUUUGCGUGCUUAUUAUUGCAGCAGUUUGUAUAAUAACAAUAAAUAAGCCGAAAAAGACUUUGGAACAGCACAAUAUUGUGCUAAAUCCAGAGAUCGUUUCUGAAAGAAAUAUUAUACAAAAAGUGGUAGCAACUGAUACAGAAAGGGAGUUUUUAAUCAAGAAAUUGGUGGAAAGGUAUACAUUUAACUGGGGAUUCAAGCUGGACAACUCUCCAUGGACAGUGGCAGCCAACUGGUUUUCCAACAGGACAGUUUUGCCAUCACAUUCUCCAGAACUGGGUGGUGUGUUGAGGUCAUUGGCUACAAGGGAGGUAACUCAUGCUGAUGUGGGCUUCAAAGGGACACAACUCAAGCUGUUGCUGGUCUUGCAAGGUGGACAGAGAGUGGCAUUUAAACCUGAAUGGUUUAAACGUGAUGACAUUAUCGAGGGCCCACCUUACGCUGGUGCAGAUCGUCAUAACGGGGAAAUAGCUGCAUUUCAUUUGUCACGAUUACUGGAGUUACGUAGAACGCCCCUCACAGUUGGCAGGGUGUUGAACUUGGAGAAGGAGGUCAAGCCAGUUGCCACAGAAACAUUGCUGAAGACAUUCUUCACUAGAGACAACAAUACCUGCUUCUAUGGGAAAUGUUUCUAUUGCAAAGAUGAGUCUACAGGUGUAUGCGGGGAGGGACCCCAUCUGGAGGGCAGUGUGACCUUGUGGCUGCCCAGUCACGCUUCACUGACCACGCAUAAACACCCUUGGGCCCGCACAUACAAGACAGGGGUCGCUGCAAAUUGGGAAGAUGACCCAAACUACUGCAAGAAAGUCAUACUUCAGCAUGGCGACUACUGGUCGGGCCCACGUCUGCUGGAUAUCGUCGACACAGCCAUAUUUGACUACCUCAUCGGCAAUGCUGAUCGCCACAGAUAUGAAACAUAUGGGGACACCAUGAUCAUGUUAGAUAAUGCUAAAAGUUUUGGUAAUCCAUCCCAUGACGAGAAGUCAAUACUUGCACCUUUGUACCAGUGCUGCAGGAUACGAGAAACUACAUGGUUGAUUCUGCUACUGUACAAAGAUGGAGCCCUGAGUCAGGUACUGCGUACAGUGUUAAUGGGAGACCCUAUAUCUCCCAUUUUAUCAGACUCACAUUUAGAGGCACUGGAUAGAAGACUUCGGGAUAUUUUACAUCAAAUUGAGCAGUGUGUGAUACAGCAUGGAGUCCAAUAUGUGUUCAUUGCAAAUAGGUGAUGAUUAACCAGCAUGUGAUACAAGUUAUUUCAGUCAGUAUUGACUCUAAAGUACGACGUUUCAGAAGCGCAAUGGAUUUGGUGUACUGCAGUUGAUAUGAUGUCCACCUAGCAAACAAGAAGUCACACAAUAGAUCCCCACUCAUGGAAUAUUUUAAGGAUCUUUUGUUAAAGACACAAAGUAUUGGUUCUAACCAGGAUAUAGGCUCAAGAGUUCCUCACUAAGCCUUAGGCUUUUCUUUAGAAUUUAAAGAAAUAGGUUUAAAAUAACAAGACAUGUGACUACAGCUGAACAUCUGAGCCUUGUUCUGGUAAAUCUGGACUCAAUGCAUGUGAGAACAGUAUGUGUCUUGCUCUGUGAAAGCUGGUCAUAAUGCAAGUGCGUAAAGUGUCGUCCCAGAUUAGCAUGUGCAGUCCGCACAGGUUAAUCAGGGACGACACUUUUCGUCUAAACGUGAUUUUCGGUAAGGAGGGACUUCCUUGAAACUAAAAAUACCAUAAAAGCGAAGUGUCGUCCCUGAUAAGCCUGUCCGGACUGCACAGGCUAAUCUGGGACGACACUUUACGCACAUGAAUUUAGGCCAGUUUUCUCAGAACAAGUCUUGUAUAAUCCAAGAUUAGCCUCUCUCUCUCUCUCUAUUUAUUUACAUGAAUUAAUUUAUUUAUUGAAGCUAAAAAAAACACUUUACAAAAGGUAGAAAAACACUCAAGACACUACUUAGUUUGUUUUCCAAUGCUUGUUUUCCAAUGCCUAAGUUUGAUUGGCGAUGAUGAAUUUGAAGUCAAAAUAAGACCUUUAACUUAAAAUGGACACAAUUUUGAUUAUUUUCUUAAACAAAACUCUGCAUUUCAUGUUGUUGGUGUAUUUUCGUUCAGUGUUUAUUUAUUAUGUCUAUUCUUUUCAUAUUAUAAGCACAUUACAUAAUUUUUUAAUAAAAACUGAAAGUGCU